CCUAUCAAAGCGCUUCUCAUACUCUUUUUGAUAUUGCAUUUGUGUUUGUUGUAGACACAUUAAUUAGUGGAUUAUUGAAAUGCAAAUGCUUGAAGAAUACAUCAUGGCCAACUGAAAGAAACCAAAACCAAAAACAAAAAGUUGGCAUUAUUUUCUUGCUACUGUUCUAGAUUCCCAUUUUGUCCAUUUCUUCUACUGCCAUUGCUGGAGUUUUCAAAAAUUUCACAUCCUGUUUUUUGCUCUACCUUAGACCUUCCCAAGACCCAUUUCUUCUCAAAUGGAAACUCUUCCAAGGAUGUUUUCACCGCUUCCAGCAACCAACUCUACCCAUCUCCUUCAUCCAUCCACUCCUCAAUUCUUUUCCGGGAAAACCCAUCAAAAUUCUUCAAAGACCACUCGUUGCAGUAUCCAAGCCAGCAAGUUCGGUAACUUCCUUGAUUUGAAACCCGAAUCAAGACCCGAAUUCUUGGAUUUUGAUCUGCCUUGGUUGGACCCAUCCAGACGUUCUCCGUUGGAUGUGAUCAUUAUCGGCACAGGCCCUGCUGGACUUCGUCUCGCAGAGCAAAUCUCUCGCUAUGGAGUUGAGGUAUGCUGUGUUGAUCCUUCACCGCUUUCUAUGUGGCCAAACAAUUAUGGGGUUUGGUCCGAUGAGUUUGAGAGGCUCAAGCUUGAAAAUUGCUUGGACAAAACUUGGUCCAUGACUUGUGUUUUUAUCGAUGAUGACAAAACCAAGUAUCUGGAUCGGCCUUACAGUCGGGUCAGCAGGAAGACAUUAAAGACAGAGCUUUUGCACAGAUGUCUCUCCAAUGGGGUCAAGUUCCACAAGGCCAAAGCUUGGAAAAUUGAGCACCAAGAGUUUGAUUCUUUGCUUCUGUGUGAUGAUGGGAAAGAGCUUAAAGCAAGCUUAGUUGUGGAUGCCAGUGGCUUUGCAAGCCCUUUCAUUGAGUAUGAUAAGCCAAGGAACCAUGGCUAUCAGAUUGCUCAUGGCAUUUUGGCAGAAGUGGAUGGCCACCCAUAUGAUUUGGAUAAGAUGGUUCUCAUGGAUUGGAGAGACUCCCACUUGGGGAAUGAACCUUAUCUGCGUUCUAGCAAUUCAACGCUCCCAACUUUUCUAUAUGCAAUGCCAUUUGAUUCAAACUUGAUAUUCCUAGAAGAGACUUCUCUGGUUAGUCGGCCGGUUUUAUCUUAUAUGGAGGUCAAGAAGAGGAUGGUUGCAAGGCUAAGACAUUUAGGAGUCAAGGUGAAGAGGAUAUUGGAAGAGGAGAAGUGUUUGAUUCCAAUGGGAGGUCCUCUUCCUAGAAUCCCACAAAGAGUUAUGGCAAUUGGUGGGAGUUCAGGGGUGGUUCAUCCUUCAACUGGGUAUAUGGUGGCAAGGACCAUGGGUUUGGCCUCAGCGUUGGCCGAGUCCAUUGUGGAGUGCCUUGGCUCGACCAGGAUGAUCAGAGGGAAGCCACUCUAUCACAAAGUUUGGAAUGGGUUGUGGCCAAUUGAAAGGAGAUGUGAAAGGGAGUUUUACACUUUUGGUAUGGAAACUCUGUUGAAGCUUAAUCUGAAAGGAACUAGAAGAUUCUUCGAUGCUUUCUUUGAUUUGGAUCCUUAUUACUGGCAUGGAUUUCUCUCUUCAAGGUUAUCUCUUGGAGAGCUUUCUCUGUUGAGUUUAUCUCUAUUUGGACGUGCUUCAGCUUUAUCAAGGUUUGAUAUUGUCACAAAAUGCCCUGUACCCUUGGUUAGAAUGAUGGGUAACUUAGCACUUGAAGCCAUCUAAAUGCUCUGGAAGAUCACAGCAUUUGUAGACUGUCAUAUAUACUUUGAAUUUCGAUAUGGGUUUCAGAGAAUGGUGGAGUCUUAGUAUUUGAGCUGUGUGUGGGUUUAGCCAUUUCAUAUUAAUAAACAUGGUCGGAAAUGCUUCAAAAAAAAAAAAAAAAAAAAAAAAAAAAAAAAAGAGAAAAAGAAAAAAACUCUUUUUUCGUAAAGAAACAAUGUAUUACCAAGAUUAUAGAGUUUGGUACAAAAUAAAUGUCUGAAAUGAACAAUGCUAAUUAAAGUUUGGAAGAAA